GCCGACGACGUUCUCUCGGGCCAACUCAUCGGUCUUUUUGACACAGAAUAUGUUUGUUUUCCUUUCCUGAUUGUAAUGAACUGAAACUAAUUUAUUGCAAUAAUUUAGAUCUAGUGAAAAGUAAAUAUGGAGGUUUACUAUCUCAUAUUCAUUUUGAGUGUUUUCUGGCAUGGUUCAGAGGGUAUUAUGUGGAGCCUGGCUCCGAACACCCAAAAGUGUUUAAAAGAGGAGUUGCACGCAAAUGUCCUCGUGGCCGGAGAGUAUGAAGUAACAGAAGUUGCCGGCCAGAGAGUAGAUUACACUAUACGUGAUUCAAAAGGUCACAUCCUGUCACAGAAGGACACAAUUACAAAGGGAAAAUUCACAUUUGUUACAGAAACGUAUGACACCUUUGAAGUGUGCUUCAUUUCCAAAGUGCCGCCAGAACGCCGUAGCGUGAGCCAGGAUGUACAUCUAGACAUCAAAGUUGGAAUUGAAGCUAAAAACUAUGAGGGUAUCGGUGAAGCCGCCAAGCUGAAGCCGAUGGAAGUCGAACUGAAGCGGCUCGAGGACCUGUCAGAGGCCAUCGUGCAGGACUUCACCCUGAUGAGGAAGCGGGAAGAAGAGAUGAGGGAUACUAAUGAGUCAACAAACAACAGGGUACUCUUCUUCAGCGUGUUCUCGAUGGUGUGUCUUUUAGGCCUCGCCACGUGGCAGGUACUCUACCUCCGCCGGUACUUCAAGGCCAAGAAGCUUAUUGAAUAGACGAUAUUUAACGUUAGGGGUCUCCAGACUACGGCCCUUACGCCCGCAAGAAGCAGGAAACUCAAGGGCCUUAACCCUUUGAACGCUUUAUGUCAUAAACACAAACAUCACUCAAACGCCAAGUUCCCGGGCGCAAGCGAGCUAUUUUACAUCUUACUUGAUAGUGUGAAGGUUACUUUGACAGCACGACUGUAACGACGACUUUAGGUGUUCUUGGCGUUCAAAAGGUUAAAAUCUCACCAAGCUAACUCGGCGCUGAAUUUGCAGCAACAGAGUGUGGAAGUGUAACUAUAAGGCCGCUGACCGGACGCAAGCGGCGCGCGGCAAACCAAGGCCAUUCAUACAUUUGGUCGAGCGCAAUGUAUGAAUGACCGCGCGCCGCAUGCGUCCAGUCGGCGCCCUUAACAUCAAAUUCCUGUGAAAGUAGGUUGCAGUGGAACCGCCUCACUUUGUCACGGUAGUCGGCACAGUGUUAGCUUAGAUGGUUUCGAAAAAUAAGCGGAUGCCUGUAAAGUCUGGAGAUCUCUGAUAUAGGGCGAGUUGCACAAUUGACGUUAAAUAUGGCGGCGCCAGCUGUCAUUCUAAGAACUGUCAAAACAUUUCAUACAAGGAAAAACGACGUUUACAAACUGGCGCAACUAGCCCUAGAUGGUACGUCUCGUAUGCGAGAUUCAUAACUUUCAAGCGAUAUUCGAUCGGUCGAUUGAGUUUUGUACCUCGAAAAUAUAAGGUCGCGGACUGGACGCGAGCGGCGCGUGGCCCUUCAUUGCGUUCGACCAAAUAUAUGAACGGCCUUGAUUUGCCGCUCGCCGCUUGCGUCCAGUUCGCGGCCUCACGGAGCUGGCAUGCGGCGUACCGUCGUAUUUACCCUUAACGCCGGUAGGGGGCGUUGAUCAUUCGCAAACUUUAUUGCCAUGUUAUAAGGUUUACCAAUUAUCAAUGUUACUAGUUUUUUUAAAGUCCAAAUUAGUUAAUAUUAUUUUUGUAUCCAAUCGCAGGCGACUUACGAUCAUCUCUCCCACACUGAUUUAGUGUAAAAAUGUACUGGGACUUUUACGUCAAAAAUAUAAAUUUGAUUAUUCAUGCUAUCUCUUUCAAUCUUUUCUUGACUGAGACAGUGUGAGAGAGACAGUAAUAAAGAUUCAAUUUAUGAGUGAAUGCCACUAGUGGUUCGUUAUUUAGAACAGGAUAUUAUGGACUUUUUAUUAUUAGUAGAUCAAAUGUUACAUCACAGAAUGCAGUUGAUUCGUUUUCAAUAAAAUUCUAACCUCAAAAUAUUGACGUGGUUUUAGUUAAAUCGCCUAUUUUUAUUUAAUAGCUAAGGUAUUGCCAUUUCAAAUAUAAGUGAUAAAAGCGAAAAUAACUGUCUCGUUACGCUUAAAUCCCUAAACUGAUUUAGAUGAAAUUUGGUAUGGAGAUAGCUUAAGGCCCGGAGAAGGACAUAGGGUAGUUUUUAUCAACCAUCAAUAUCAUCAUCAUCAUUUCACACAGACGAAGAACCAGGCAGAAGCUAGUUAUAGUGAAAAAUACGAGUUUUCAUCAUAGACAAAGGAAAAUACCAAUAAUUUUCAUAUAACAGAUACAUUUUGAGGUUAGAAUUUUGUAGACCAAGUAAAAACAACGAAUGGACUAUAGUUUCUGUAUAUUGCAGUGUUAUAAAUGAUUUUUAUUUCGAUUCUUAACAAUAAUCAUUAUGUAAUUAUUUUGUUGUGAAGAAUUGCGUUCAUGUCAAUGUGUUUCUAAGAAUGUAAAAAAGUUGAACGAAACUGA